ACCAAGCGGUCAGUUAGUGUCGAUUCUUCGUUAGCACCGGACGAGUCGCGGACGUUUAGCAGCGCUUAGUGGCUGGGCCAAACAUCCAUCGGAACCCAUCGCUCAGCAACGGUCGAAACCGGAACUAGCGCGAGUGAGUUGGCAAGUGUGGUUAAAUUGCGGUUCGACACGGGUUGCGGUUCUGCGUUCCAGGCGUCCGAGGACGGUGCUUACAAGACGGAUCAACCAUCUUUCCAAGACCGACAACAACACCCUAAGAUGAAACGGAACGGACGGAUGGUCGGUGUGGCGCUGGUCGCAGCGUGCGUUCUCCUGCUAGCCCUUACAGACUCAACCCAAGCCGAUGUCAUUCCAGGGCGUCGCGUUCGUCGUCAAAGUCCGUGGCUCCAUCGGUCACCGAACACAUUUGCGUUGGGCAAGAAAUUCGCGCGCAAUCGACCCCUGUCCGGUACAACGCUCGCGCUCGAAACCAACACAGACUGGACGGAUAAUUCGGUGGAGAAAGCCCGACCGGUGCCGGCCCGUCCGCUCGAGCUGUCGGCGGAAGUGGACAGCGGUAAGCCGGCGCCCCGUUCGCGAGCGUUCUACGGUUGCAUGUCCAACUGUUUGACCCUGUCACAGUACAAUCCGGUGUGCGGCACGGAUCACACCACCUACCACAACGAGUACAAACUGCAGUGCGCCAACCGGUGCGGAGCGAAACCAAGAGUUGCCGUGAAAAAGUCGGGCAUUUGCUGAAGACCCAUCGAUUGUACCCACCGAUGCUGAUGCGCCGAACGACGGAUCGUUAGCAUCCAGCUGAAGUUCCCCACAGUACACACGGUUCGGUUCGGUUCCAUUAGAGUAGUAAUGCAGGUGCGCAAGGAGUCAGCAGGAUGCUGGCAAGCGGGUGCGAAGAAGCUCCCAUGACGGAAAGCUCUUAAGAGAGAAUGAGAGGGCGAGCGCAAAAUUUCUAAUUUAUUUCUAGGUGUAUCACACACGGGCAGUAGUAGGAGUAGUAGUAGCGAAAAUUAAUAAACAAAAUCUCUAAGCCUUUACAAACACA